AUGUCCCUCUCGACCAGUGGCUUCCGAACCGUCCAAGCAAACGAAAGCAAGACUUUCUCAGUGCCUCCUCUUGACGGUUCUUUUGUUCUUCACCAACUUUACGAUUACCACGGUGAACACUCUAAAAAUCAUCCCCUUUAUAUAUACGAGGCAGACGCAGGAAAAGUACGAACAAUAUCUUGGUCAGAGGCACAGCGUGGAAUUCAUAGAGCACAAGUAUAUGCAACUGAACAACUUGGAGAUACAAUUACAUUUCAAUGUUUUUUGCUUGGCCUUAUGCGAGCAGGGAUCCAGCCGUUUCCAAUAUCGAUUCGCAAUUCAGCAAUUGGAGUUGCAAAUAUGCUUCAACAGACAACUGCAUGUCACAUUUUCGUCAGUGCAGAUGAUGCUAUGCAGAAGGUUUGCAGGUCUGCUUUAGAAGAAAUUGGCUCCGGUUUAUCAGAAUACAAACUCAAAAGCGAUGGUCCAACCCUACUUUCUACAUAUAGCUCUCUGAUCACUGCCCUGACAUUUAAUUUGUACAUAGGCUCCACAGCAUUUCCAAAACUUAGACAUCUAACUCAUAGAAUCCUUUUACAAAUGGCACGCUCGCCUUGGUUCGGAGAGCGCGACAUACACUGCGAGACGAUGGCACCUGCCACCGGGAUGCGUCUCUCGGUCUUUAGGCCAACGCAACCUCCUAUUGGACUGACUCCCGCAAGUCAACUGGCUAGCUGCAUAGCUACCGGAGUAACGCUUUUAUUCGGAAUACCUCACUUUAUGGAGGAGUGGAGUUCUCAGCCAGAAAGUGUCAAAAUACUUAAGAAGCUUAAUGGAAUUGUAUUCGGAGGAGCACCUCUGAGUAAGGCAGUCGGUGACGUCCUUGAAUCGGAAGGUGUUCCCUUGUGGCAUAUUUAUGGAGCAACGGAAAUGGGUGUCGUCACAAGAUGCAUGCCAAAGGAAUCACAACAGUUUGGUUGGGAGUAUUUCUUCUUUUCUCCUCAUGUGGAACCUGUACUCGUUCCUCAGAGUGAAGUCACCGACUCAGAAGAGCACGUUUUUGAACUAGUAACGAAUCCAGGACCUAUGGGUUUGUGCUACAUACAAACAUGUAUCUCAUAUAGUAAUACUUACACGAUCAAAGAGCAUAUUAUUACUCGUAGCCCGCUUGUAGUGAAUGCACUCAUGUUUGGGCGUGGCAGAUUCCAGAAUGGAGUGAUUUUAGAGCCAAAGAUGCCAUUCAGUGUUAAAGGAGAAGAUGGUGGAAAAUUGCUGGAGCAGUUCAGGAACGAUAUCUGGCCAUACGUCGAAAAGGCAAAUGCAUUUGCUCCAACGCACUCGAGAAUCUUCAAAGAGGUACUGAAUUUCCUUUCGAAUAUGACCUUUUUGUUAAAGUACUCGGUUCAGAUGAUCAUUGUGACGGAUCCGUCAAAGCCGUUUGAAUACACUCCGAAGGGUAACCCAAGGCGGCACGUCUCAGUGACCCUGUACGAGAAGGAAAUCAAUGAGCUGUACGAAACAGUCUCCGCACAAGGCAGCAGUGGACCGUCACCUCCAGUAACUUGGGAUGAAGUCUCUACAAUGGAGUACGUACGAAUGUUAGUUGGACAAACUCUCAGGAACGCAGUGAGAGACGACGACAAUCUAUUUGAAUUUGGCUGUGAUAGGUGCGUUUUCAUAGUUUAA